AAGAAAUUGCUGACUAUAAUAAAAAAAAAUCUUCAACCUUUCAAAAGAAUAAUGGGGAAUUUGUGGAGGACCACAACUGCAGCAUGGUUUUUGUGCAAAUCUAAGUUAGAUUCAAUUAUGACUCUAUUAGCCUUAGAUAAUUGAGCAGUAUUUUAGCACUGUUGAUGAGUAUCUUAGAUUAUAGAUUGUUUCAGCUGUCCAUCAAAUACCUGUUCUGGCUUCAUAACUCAAUGUAGUAUUAUUUCUGCCAGCAGGUUUGGGAGUGUCUGAGUAUUUUAAAGAAUCAAAAUGCCUUUUGAAAACAAUGUAUUAAAGUCGACCUUUGAGGGCUGUACAUGGGAAGCCUCCCUACAACAGCGGUGUCCCUUCUCUGAGUGGCCUUCCUUAGUCUUCCCUUAGGUGACCAUGGUUGUUCUCUAUGCCCAUGAGGUGCCACACACCUCCUGCAUUGCAAAACGGUGUCUAGUUAUCAUAGCCUUGGCCUCUUGGUUUGUCAGCCUGCUCGCCACAUCCCAAGCACCUCUAGACUGCAGCAAUGGUGGAUUUUCAUUGGCACACUCCCCUCACCCCGGCCCUAACGCCUGCAGCUGCAUGGGAGUCUGUGGGAGUGACCUGCACCUCCGUGGAGAGGCAGAGGGGCAAUUUGAAUCUGCGUGUGUGUCCCAAACUGUCUAGGGUUGGGGAUUCAGUUGACAGAGGGAUCGCUACCUGGUGCUGGCCAUUCUUUGGAUGAUUCUUGGUUUUAGGGCAACCAGAGGCUCUGGGGGCAGGCCUAAGGAACUGCAAAGCGAGAAUCAGAAAGGGAAGGGGAAGCCUGCAAGUGAGCUGUAGCUUUCGGCGUUCUUCUUCCCUCCUAGACGCGCGGGAGAAAGACACUUGGCUCUGUUUUUGCUGCCCCCGGUACCCGGCUGCGCGCUGCCUGUGUGGAGCUUCAGGUCGCGGUGGCUCAAACUCCCCGGCUGAGCCGCACCGAGAUGUGGCAACUCUUCUUGCUCCACCUUCUCAGGAAGAGAUUCUGUCUAGUACUUCAGGAAAAGUCGCUGAUCCCAUUUAUCAUGGCCAACUGGCAGGUUUCAAUAGAACCAUUUUUGAAACCUGCAGUAUUUACAGGAACAAGACUGGGCUGCUCCGUGGAGGCUAGGGCGAUUUCAGUCUUUGAGUUAAUGGAUACAUAAUUGAGGAACAACGUGGAAUUACUGUCAUCGUAAGGAUCUAGUGCCUUGAGUUAAUUUCACCCGGUUUUGUUCCAACAGCAGCAGAGUAGUCAUGUUGCAUAGAAGCUGCCACCAAAAAGAUUUCUUUUUCCAGCAUUUUAGAAAUAAAGUUCAAGUGAUUGGCCCUUACAAGUUGCAAGAGCGGUUUCACGCCUCGGCUUUUUAAAAAGGUAUCAUGUUAUUCCUUGUUUUGCUUCUAGGAAGCAGAGGGUUGAGGAAAUAACUUGGGCGGGUGCAUUAAUACAGACGAAAAAGACACAGACGCCCUCCCUUGAGACCUGAGCGCUCCGCACUCUUCCCGAAGGUGCCAAUCAAGCGUCUCGUUCCCUCGGACGCUCCUGGUCCGAGCGCCUUCUGCAGUGGGUCUCUGGCGCCUUCCUAGAUGUGUUGGAACAAUCUGGCGGGGUCAGGGGCCGACGGGACAGCGCGGAAAGAGCAGGCAAGAGAAGAGGGCCGGAUUGCGCCUGGUUCCUCAGUGCCAGGGACACCGUCGCAGAGGCGCGGUCAGCUUCCCGUGGAUAAGACUUCCCGCCCCCGGGGCAGGGCGGUGCGCCUCCAGACCCGUCUUCUCCCCAGUUUCGGGUGGCCCCCAGAGCUGAGUAAGCCUGGUGGAGGGAGCCGGCGAGGAUUUCCUGAGCGCGAUGGGCAGCAAGGGCGCGGGCAGGAGGGCAUGGAGCGAGGACCCUGAACCUGCCCAGCCCCAGCUCUGGAGCCCACACCGCCAGCGCCUCCGCACGCGCUCUCAGCUGCCGCCACCCGCCCUCGCCGGCCCCCGCCCCCCUCCAGGGCCAAGGGAAGCGAGCCGGGGAGGAAGAAGAGGGUCCGCUGGAGGCUCGGAGCGCGAGCGACCGGACACUCGUGGCGACUCCUCCCCGGCGGCGGCUGCUCGGAGCGGGCUCCGGGGCUCAAGCGCAGCGGCCAGUGGGCGCCGGGCGGCCAGGAUUACCCCGGGGAAGAGGUCAGCUCCCGGCUGGAGCGGCGGAGAAGGGCUCUCGCCCAGCUAGCUGGAGUGCAAGCGGACCAGCGCGGGCGGCUGGGUGAUCGGCCUCGGGGAGCGCGGGCACCGGGCCAGCAGGCCGCGUCGCGCUCACCAUGGUCAGCUGCUGGGACUCCGUGGUCCUGCGGUCCGCGCUGCUCGGAUGCCUGCUUCUCACAGGAUGUAGUUCAGGUUCAAAGUUAAAAGGUCCUGAACUGAGUUUAAAAGGCACCCAGCACGUCAUGCAAGCAGGCCAGACUCUGUUUCUUAAGUGCAGAGGGGAAACAGCCCACUCAUGGUCUUUGCCUACAACAGUGAGUAAGGAGAGCAAAAGACUGAGCAUCACUAAAUCUACCUGUGGGAGAAAUGACAGACAAUUCUGCAGCACUUUGACCUUGAACAUGGUGCAGGCAAACCACACUGGCCUCUACACCUGCAGAUACCUAUCUAAAUCUACUUCAAAGAAGAAGAAAACAGAAUCUUCCAUCUAUAUAUUUAUUAGUGAUGCAGGUAGACCUUUCAUAGAGAUGUACAAUGACAUACCUAAGGUUGUGUAUAUGACGGAAGGAAGGGAGCUUGUCAUUCCCUGCCGGGUCACCUCACCCAACAUCACGGUCACUCUGAAAAAGUUUCCAUUUGAUACUGUGAUCCCUGAUGGAGAAAGGAUAAUUUGGGACAGUAGGAAGGGCUUUAUAAUAUCAAAUGCAACAUACAAAGAAAUAGGGCUGCUGAGCUGUGAAGCAACAGUCAAUGGGCACGUGUACCAGACGAAUUACUUGACUCAUCGGCAAGCCAACACAAUCCUAGAUGUCCAAAUAAGCUCUCCAAACCCUGUGAGGUUGUUCCGUGGUCGCACUCUUGUCCUCAACUGCACCGUCACCACUGCCCUGAACACGAGGGUGCAGAUGAACUGGGAUUAUCCUGGUAAGGCAGCUAAGCGAGCAUCUGUAAGGCAGCGGAUUAGCCAGAGAAAUUCCCACACCAACGUGUUCUACAGCAUUCUCACCAUUAACAACGUGCAGAGCCGAGACAAAGGGCUCUACACUUGUCAUGUGAAGAGUGGGCCAUCAUUCAGAUCUUCCAACACCUCAGUGCACAUAUAUGAAAAAGGAUUCAUCACUGUGAAACAUCAGAAACAGCAGGUGCACGAAACCAUAGCAGGAAAGCGGUCCUACCGGCUGUCCAUGAAAGUGAAGGCCUUCCCCUCGCCAGAAGUUGUAUGGUUAAAAGAUGGGUCACCUGCAACACAGAAAUCUGCUCGCUAUUCAGUUCGUGGCUAUUCGUUAAUUAUCAAAGAUGUAACUAUAGAGGACGCAGGAGAUUAUACAAUCUUGCUGGGCAUAAAACAGUCAAAACUGUUUAAAAACCUCACUGCUACUCUGAUUGUAAAUGUAAAACCUCAGAUUUAUGAAAAGUCUGUGUCAUUUCCAAACCCAACUCUUUACCCGCUGGGCAGCAGACAAGUCCUGACCUGCACCGUGUAUGGGAUCCCUCAGCCUACGGUCCAGUGGCUCUGGAGCCCCUGUCAUCACAAUCACUCUAAAGCAAGGUAUGACCUUUGUUCCAAUAAUGAAGAAUCCUUUAUCUUGAAUCCUGACAGCAACAUAGGAAACAGAAUUGAGAGCAUCACUGAGCGCACAGCAGUAAUAGAAGGAACAAAUAAGACGGCUAGCACCUUGGUUGUGGCUGACUCUAGAACUUCUGGAAUCUACAGUUGCAAGGCUUUUAAUAAAAUAGGAAUUGUGGAAAGAAACAUAAGCUUUUAUGUCACAGACGUGCCCAAUGGGUUUCAUGUUACCUUGGAAAAGAUGCCUACUGAAGGAGAGGACCUGACACUGUCCUGCACAGUCAACAAGCUCCUGUACAAGGACGUUAUUUGGAUUCUGCUGCGGAAAGUAAACAACAGAACAAUCCACCACAGCAUGAGCAAGCAAAAAAUGGCUAUCAUUAAAGAGUACUCCAUCACCCUGAACCUUGUCAUCAAGAAUGUGUCUUUGGAGGAUUCGGGCACCUAUGCCUGCAGAGCCAGGAACAUAUACACAGGGGAAGAAAUCCUUCAGAAGACAGAAGUUAUCAUUAGAGAUCAGGAAGCGCCACACCUGCUGCAGAACCUCAGUGACCACACAGUGUCCAUCAGUGGCUCCACCACCUUGGACUGUCAAGCUACUGGUGUCCCAGAGCCUCAGAUCACUUGGUUCAAAAACAACCACAAAAUACAACAAGAACCUGGAAUUAUUUUAGGACCAGGAAACAACACACUGUUUAUUGAAAGAGUCGCAGAAGAGGAUGAAGGUGUCUACCGGUGCAGAGCUACCAACCAGAAGGGGGCUGUGGAAAGCUCAGCCUACCUCACCGUACAAGGAACCUCAGACAAGUCGAACCUGGAGCUGAUCACUCUCACAUGUACCUGUGUGGCUGCAACCCUCUUCUGGCUCCUAUUAACUCUCUUCAUCCGAAAAUUGAAAAGGUCCUCUUCUGAAAUAAAGACAGACUACCUAUCGAUUAUAAUGGACCCAGAUGAAGUUCCCCUGGAUGAGCAGUGUGAACGGCUCCCCUAUGAUGCCAGCAAGUGGGAGUUUGCGCGGGAGAGACUUAAACUAGGCAAAUCGCUUGGGAGAGGGGCUUUUGGGAAAGUAGUUCAAGCAUCUGCAUUUGGCAUUAAGAAAUCGCCCACCUGCCGGACUGUGGCUGUGAAAAUGCUGAAAGAGGGGGCCACAGCCAACGAGUACAAAGCUCUGAUGACUGAGCUCAAGAUCUUGACUCACAUUGGCCACCAUCUGAAUGUGGUUAACUUGCUGGGAGCCUGUACCAAGCAAGGAGGGCCUCUGAUGGUGAUUGUUGAAUACUGCAAAUAUGGAAAUCUUUCCAACUACCUCAAGAGCAAACGUGAUUUAUUCUUUCUCAACAAGGAUGCAGCAUUACAUAUGGAGUCCAAGAAAGAAAACCUGGAGCCAGGCCUAGAGCAGGACAAGAAACCCAGACUAGACAGUGUCACCAGCAGUGAGAGCUUUGCAAGCUCUGGGUUUCAGGAAGAUAAAAGUGUAAGCGAUGCUGAAGAAGAGGAGGAUUCUGAUGAGUUCUACAAGCAGCCUCUCACCAUGGAAGAUCUGAUCUCCUACAGUUUUCAAGUGGCCAGAGGCAUGGAGUUUUUGUCUUCCAGGAAGUGCAUUCAUCGAGACCUGGCAGCUCGAAACAUUCUUUUAUCUGAGAACAAUGUGGUGAAGAUUUGUGAUUUUGGUCUGGCCCGGGAUAUUUAUAAGAACCCCGAUUAUGUGAGAAAAGGAGAUACUCGACUUCCUCUAAAAUGGAUGGCUCCUGAAUCCAUCUUCGACAAGAUCUAUAGCACUAAGAGCGAUGUGUGGUCUUAUGGAGUGUUGCUGUGGGAAAUCUUCUCCCUAGGAGGGUCGCCAUACCCAGGAGUGCAGAUGGAUGAGGACUUCUGCAGUCGCCUGAAGGAAGGCAUGAGGAUGCGGGCCCCUGAGUACGCAUCGCCUGAAAUCUACCAGAUCAUGUUGGAUUGCUGGCACAAAGACCCUAAAGAAAGGCCGAGGUUUGCAGAACUUGUAGAGAAACUAGGUGACUUGCUUCAAGCCAAUGUCCAACAGGAUGGUAAAGACUACAUCCCACUCAAUGCCAUACUAACAAGAAACAGUGGGUUUACUUACUCAACUCCUACUUUCUCUGAGGACUUUUUCAAGGAUGGUGUUACUGCUUCAAAGUUUAAUUCUGGGAGUUCUGAUGAUGUGAGAUACGUAAAUGCUUUCAAAUUCAUGAGCCUGGAAAGAAUCAAAACCUUUGAAGAACUUUCACCAAAUGCCACUUCCAUGUUUGAUGAUUAUCAGUUGGACAGGAGCACACUGCUGGCCUCCCCCUUCCUGAAGCGAUUUACUUGGACCGAGAGCAAGCCCAAGGCCUCAAAGAUUGACUUGAGAAUAACGAGUAAAAGUAAGGAGUCGGGGCUUUCUGACGUCAGCAGGCCCAGCUUCUGCUUCUCCAGCUGUGGCCACAUCAGACCUGUGCACGACUCAGAGCUGGAGAAGGAUUCCUGCUGCUCUCCACCCCCAGACUACAACUCAGUGGUGUUAUACUCCUCCCCACUUGCCUAAUGCUUCACACUGCCUUCCUUCCAGAAGCACCCCAGAAAACUAGCUUCUGACAGUAUUAUACAUAUAUGAGUUUACACUUAUCUCUUUCCACAGGAGCCAGCUGCUUUUAGUGACUUUUAAUAGUGCCUAUUUUUUUUUUUUUUUUUUUUUUUUUU